AUGCCAGUAGCUACUUCGACCGAAACUGUCACUCCUACUUCUCCCACGACCACGGGAACUUUAAAACUUCGUGGACAAACGGAAGCUCCUAUUACUUCUGCUUAUCCUGAUUUGGAUGAGAAAGGCUGGACAGUCGUCAAGGGUGUGGUGCCAAAAGAGAAAGCCGCUAAAUAUGUUGAUAGGAUGUAUGAAUGGGCGGAAAAGUACGGUACGGGUUUUAAGAGGGAUGAUAGAGAGACUUGGCAGAUAAAAAACAUGCCAGCUUUCAACAAAGCCGGUCUCAUCAAUCGGAAUGGAGUUGGACACGAACAAUUCGUUUGGGAUAUGAGAAGUGAACCCGCUUUGAUCGAUGCUUUCGCAAAGAUUUGGGGAACUGAUCAAUUGCUUGUUUCUUUUGACGGUAUCAACAUUACCCUUCCUUAUAAAGAUGAUCUUGGUUGGAGGGCCGAACCCUGGCCUCAUGUGGAUCAAAGUCCUUUAAAACGUUACAAACAUUGUAUUCAAGGUAUCAUCAACUUGGCCGACAACGGACCCAAAGAUGGAGGUCUCAUGAUCCUCGAUGGUUCUUUUCAACUUUACAACCAAUUCUUCGAAGAGAACGACGCCGAUAAACCCGCCGACGGAUGGUCAUGGCUCGAUCAAUACUCUUUCACCGAAAAACAAAUGCAAUGGUUUUAUGAUCACGGAUGUAAAUGGACCAAACUCGCUUGUGAACCUGGUGAUUUACUUUUGUGGGAUUCGCGUUGUGUACAUUAUGGUGCUCAUGCUGAGGGUGAUAAUCCUCGUUUGGCCAUGUACGUUUGUUACAAACCUGCCAAAGAUGCUACUCCGGAAUGUCUUGCGGUAAGAAAACGUCUCAUGAAAGAUUGGGGUAUGACCUCCCACGACCCCCUCAUCUUCCGUGAACGUGGUACUCAAAUAUUCGGUAAGAAAACACCAAACGAACGUGAAGUACCAGACGAUAAACCGAUCCUUUCCGAUCGCGCUAAACAGUUGGCGGGCAUAACGGAAUACCCAGGAUUAUCUUAUCCCGAUACUACCGGAUUAGAAUAUUCACAAUUAGAGUAUGGACCUGGUUUAGCUGGUAAUAGGGAUACUUCCGGUGAUCCUGCUUGA